GGAUUAUUAAUUGUAAAUAACUGUGCCCUCUUCGGAUAAUGCAAUUCAUGGAUCUUGACGAAAUAGAAGGCCUGAAUGAGGUGAGGCCUGCUGUGUACCGUGCCGCCUUCAAGCUCCGAUCCCUGCAGAAACUCUGCCAGAUGCACACAGUCACAGUGUGUGCGUUUGGCCCCGCCCUGCGGUCCCUGGGAGCCACCGCAGACCGUGGAGGCAGGGUUACCGAGGCAGAUGUGGGGCGGAGCCUGCAGCAGAUUUUCGAGCGUGUUUCCAGAGAGCUUCCGGGGCAGCUGCUGCCUGGAGCAGCGGAACAGACCACCAGACUUCUCUUCAAGCUGUUCGACAGGGAGCAGACGGGCUUUGUCUCACUACAGUCAGUGGAAGCAGCGCUGAUUGCCCUGUCAGGAGACACUCUUUAUGCUAAACACACAGCUCUGUUCCGCCUGGCUGAAAGCUGCAGCGGACGGCAGGGCAGGGAGAGCGGCACUGUGACCCGGAGUGGCCUGAGGACACUGCUGGAUCACCUGAGCCAGGUACCUGCGGUGGUCCAGGAGAGUCACGUGUUUGGCCAGGUGGAGAGCGCUGCGAGAACCUGCUUUCAGGGGGUGCUAAGCGCAGGCGUGUCAGAGCAGCACUUCAUCAGCUGGUUGCAGUCGGAGCCACGGCUGCUGCUCUGGCUGUCCACCCUCUACAGGAUCUCUGCCAGCGAAGCUGUGGUCCACCGGGUCCGCUGCCACGUCUGCAAGGCCUUCCCCAUCACUGGUCUCAGGUAUCGCUGCCUCAAGUGCCUGAACCUGCACCUGUGUCAGACGUGCUUCCUGACCCAGAGGCGCAGCAGGAAGCACAAGCCGUCCCACCCGGUGAUGGAGCACUGCACCCAGCCAUCGUUCAGAGAGUCGCUGGCAUCGUUGGCGCACAGCGCAAGACACAACCUGCUGAGGAGGCGCUUUGCCAGGAGGGAGGCGGAGAGGAGGAGCGCUCUCUGCACAGAGCUACCUGCUGGAACCCUGCACAGGCUUUCUGGCGACCCAGCACCGAUGCUGUUGUCACAGGCCACGCCUCCUCAGACACAGACCACACCCCAUCAGACACAGGCCACGCCUUCUCAGGUCACAUCGGAAUCCAAGGCCACGCCCUCAUCGCCGAGGCUGGAGUCUAAGGCCUUGCAAACGGGCAGAACGCUGCAGUCCCAGAGGAAAACGUCACUUCUCAAGAAGGACCUGACUCAGACACAAAUGCUCAUGAGGGAUCUGCAGAGAGACAAGUGGCAGCUGGAGAAGCAGUUCCAGGUGUGGAGAGCUGCUGCCCAAUCAGAGCAUUCGUCACUGGAAAACAAGUGCUGCCAGCUGGAGGCCACCAUUGAGGUCCUGAGCCAGCACAACGAAAACCUGCAGGAGGAGCUGGGCCGAGCGCGGGAGCUGGUGCAGAAUGCUCUGUCAGAUGUCCCACCUUCGCAAGCUUUGAUUGGGAAAGAGAAUGACGGGGACGCCGGUGACACCGAAACCUCAGAGCCUCAGAGGAAGGAAGUGGUUGAUGACUGCCAGCAGGGGGAAUCCCCUCUGGAGGAGCGGAGGGCGUCAGCACCCGGAGGGGUGAGUCAGGAGGAGGUGACAUCACCAACACCAAAGCACCGGGAGCUGGGAACACAGACCUCCAGGAACUGUGAGAAUGCGAACAGUGGAGCCAUAGUACCAGGACAGCGCCCUCUGGUGGCUACUGAACCCCAGCACAGGUCAGGGCAUGAACACAGCCCCCAUGAGGCGGUGAAGGAGGCAGAGCCACAUCAAGGCGGGUUGCUAAAACAGGAGAACCAUCAUGGGAAGGGCCACCUGGACCAAUCGGAAAUAUUUGAGGAGGAGGAGGAGCAACUGUUUGACUUGGUGCAGCGGCUGAAGAAUGCUCUUUCUGUCUAUAGACACACAGGGACUGCCUGUGUGCCGAGGGAGGAGCUGCUGGCUGCCGCUGACGCAGUGGGAGGCUCCAUCGCGCAGCUCGUCUGCGCAGUCAGCUCUCGCGGCCUCCUCUGUCAGCCGCGCCCCGCCGUGCCCGACCAACCGCACGGCCGUGCCCAGCGGCCCUCGGCCAAUCAUGCUGCGCUGCCCAGCCAGCCGUGCGGUGACCGCGUAGAGCGGCGUUCGGGGACUGAUCGCUGA